AUGGCGUCGGCUAUGCAGGUGUCACGUUCGUGGAACGGCAGCUCCACCCUCCCACGAGUGGCGCCUGGGCUAAGCUCUUCAGUACAUCUGGUUGAUCUCGCAGCUGUAGAAGCGGCUCUGCGAGAAAAGACUGGCAAGCUCAUGACUGUUGUCACGCCUCCAGAUGAACGCGAAGAGCUCCUCGACUCGCUCGACUCUGCCCUCAUCUCUCAGGCCGAGACACAAAGCCGCGCAGUCGACAGGGCCGAUCCGCGAUACUUUCGAGAAGCAACCGUUCUGAUCAAAGAUCAGUACGACGACUACUCUACCACGACGGACAGUACCGCCAAGCAUACGCCCUUCGUUUCGCCGAGCUCCACCACUCGGUCUCGCCCAGACCGAUCUUCUGCAUCUGUGCCCUCGUCUCCGAUCUCCUCCACACGCAAGGCGUUGCACAAAAUGCGGUCGCAAGAACGCUUUUGUCCGCCUAGCCGGCCUGUCGACUUUGCCAAACCUCCCACCAGGACUUGUCCGACCAGCCCUUCGGCAAAUCUGCACAAGACUCUCCUUAGCGAAAGGCGCGGGCAAAGUCCUUGCACGUCUCGGGGUGAUACUUUCAGCCAUUUCAGCGAUGACUCGUCUGAUGAGGAAGAGCACAAGGUAAGCGCUCUCGUUUGGAAGACGACAUCAAGCAAGGAGCUUUUGCCAAUCUGUCAACUAAUCAUGCCAUGAUAUGCUGCUCACAUCACAGUCGCCAUCAAUGA